AGAGUUGUAUGGAUAUGUCGUAGCUUUCAAAAAAACAUGCACUGCACGCUCGUUUAUGGAAACUGACGACAAAAAGCAGAGCAUCCGAGGAAUGGCAGCUCUCAGUGGGUUCCCUUUGGAAUCCAGUUAACUUAAAACCGGGACCAUCAUCUCAUCUCUCUCUGUUUGUGUUUUCGUUUCAUUUCAAUAAAAAAGGUUUCUUGCUUACAAGUUCCAAAUAGAUGUUGGUGGGUUGCUCGUCAGACUCGACGCCGGUAUUUAUUUAAACCAAAACAGGGAAAGCUGGAGUCGAGGAAGGAGAAAAGAAACCAUUUGUUCAUAGUUCUACAGGGUGGUUGCAGUCCAAGCAGAUGCCGUUGAAUAUUGUGCACGACGCCGAUGGAUUGUCUAAGAUUAUAUUGAUGGAGCCUGGCGGAUCGACUGCCGAGGUGCUCCUGUAUGGCGGGCAAAUUGUGUCCUGGAAGAAUGAACGUAGGGAAGAACUGCUAUUUAUGAGCAGCAAGGCUAUUUGGAAACCACCUAAAGCUAUCAGGGGAGGAAUACCUGUCUGCUUUCCUCAGUUUGCUAAUUUUGGAACCCUAGAACAGCAUGGAUUUGCUAGGAACAGAUUGUGGUCAAUAGAUAGUAGCCCCUCUCCUUUACCUCCGGCUAACACCCAGUCUUGUGUGGAUCUCAUAUUGAAGUCCACAGAAGAGGAUCUAAAGACGUGGCCUCGCAGUUUUGAGUUGCGGCUUCGUAUUUCACUCAGUGCUGGCAAACUUACUUUGAUCCCUCGAGUGAGGAAUACUGAUAACAAGGCAUUCUCCUUUACGUUUGCUCUGCGUAAUUACUUAUCUGUAUCAGAUAUCAGUGAGGUGCGUGUUGAAGACUUGGAGACACUUGACUACUUUGAUAAUCUGAAGGAGAGAGAGAGGUUCACAGAACAGGCUGAUGCUAUUACUUUUGAUGGCGAGGUAGACCGAGUGUAUUUGAGCACACCAAAAAAGAUUGCUAUCAUAGACCAUGAGAAGAAAAGGACCCUUGUGCUGAGAAAGGAGGGCCUACCAGAUGCUGUUGUAUGGAACCCAUGGGACAAGAAGGCUAAAGCUUUGCCAGAUUUUGGUGACGAGGACUACAAAAGCAUGUUAUGUGUGGAUGCAGUUAUUGUUGAAAACCCAAUUGUCUUGAAACCAUCCGAAGAGUGGACAGGCCGCCAGGAGCUCUCCAUCGUCUCAUCAAGUUAUUACAGUGGGCAGUUGGAUCCUCGUAAGGUUCUUUCUGGUUUACACUGACCUUCUGUUCAAGGGCUCACAAUGCUUCCCUGUAAUAUAUACUAAUUGUCUUAUUUGAUGCGCAAUGUAUAUGCUAUUGCUUUUUCUGUAUUGUUUUCAUUGUAGUAGGAUUCCAAUGGGUUUAAAUAACUAAAUCUGUCAGUCUAUAAUAUUGGACCUA